AAAAAAAUUCGUGACAAAUGACAGCAUGCCAAGUCAGUCUGGUCGAAAUAAAUAAUCCGUCUAAAUUAAAUUACCCCUUAUUGUUGUUCUGUGUGCAAUGUUUGGGUCACGUUUCAAUUUUAUUGGCGGUAUUGUGUUUUAUUUUGACAUAUUCAUUUAAAUUGUUCGAGUAAAUUAAAUAAAAAAAUCCAACGCUCGACUAAUUAUUAAAUUAAAACCAAAAGAUAUUAAAUAAAUAUGUGUAGGCGUGAUUAGUAAGAAAUAGCAAAAUGAGAGUGAAAAUUGUUAUGUUAAGUUUAGUUUAUAGCUGCAUAGGUAUUGAACAUGACUUUAAAGGAUUCGAUGAUAGCAUUUUGUUUGGGAUAAAUUGGCCUGGUAAUCCCAAUUUAAACGAAAAUUUUGUUGAUGGAGAAAAAAACAAGUCUCAGAACCAAGAGUUAGUUAAAGUAACAACAACAAAUAAAGAGAGUUACGAAUGUCAACUGCCGGAACUUCGUAGUACGGAGUCUACCAGCAUUGAUGAUUACGAUGGUCCAUCACCGCUUCACCUUCUAAAGCCUUUGAUGAACAAAGAAAUGUGUUCAUACAGAUUGGAAAGCUAUUGGAGCUAUGAAGUAUGCCAUGGAAGGUAUAUCCGGCAGUAUCACGAAGAAAGAGAGGGCAAACAAAUCAACACCCAAGAAUAUUUCUUGGGAUAUUGGAGCUCUGAAAAGCAGGCUAAGCUGGAGGCUGAAAUGAAAGCGGCACAGGAAUCCAAACAAAUCCCCAAGACCACCAAAGUAGAGGGAGUUGCUCUACCUAACGUUGAAAUAGUAAUGGAUGAUGGUACAAUUUGUGAUUUAAAUGGCAAACCACGACUAACUAGGGUUCAUUAUGUGUGUUACACACAUGGAAAGCAUGAGGUUUAUUCCUUCAGAGAGACUUCUACUUGCGAGUACGAGAUCAUUAUUCUGUCGCCGUUUCUAUGUGAACAUCCACAGUUCAAACCUAUGGAUGUUAGUGAGAAUGUUAUAAACUGCCUCCCAAUCGGAGACGCUCCAAGGAAGCCAAGGGACUUAUUGAAAAUGGAAGCGAACAGUUUGAGAUUUCAUCAUCAGAGCAUAAGACUCAUGGAUAAUGCUGACCAGACAGUUAAGGAUAUACUUGCAGUUUUGAAAGUCGGAAAAUUUGAGAAGGACGGCGAAACCCAUUUGAAAUUCGAACUGCACCCGCUGGGUGACGACGAGGAUAUGACGUCAGACCCACCGAAGCCAGUACCGAGCGUCGACAAGCGCCCUCCGCCAAUCACGGAUGAUUCUCCCGUACGAGCCUUCCUUAACGGGGAAAAUUGUCUAAAUGGUGGUACAGGCUGGUGGAAAUACGAGUUCUGCUACGGGAAGCACGUGCUCCAGUACCACAUAGAUCGCGCCGGCGAGAAGACCACCGUAAUGUUGGGUCGAUUUGAUGAGAAAGCGCAUUUGGACUGGAUCAAGGAUAAUAAAGGGAAAGCUCCGAAACCUAUAGAUCAAAGAAUUUCAAUAUCGCAUUUCUAUUCGAACGGCGACGUUUGCGACAAAACCGGCCGACCCCGGCAGACCGAGGUCAAACUUAAAUGUCUAGAGAAUUCGUCGAGUCCAGCUCAAGUCUCCCUGUACUUGUUGGAACCUAAAACUUGUCAUUACAUACUGGGCGUGGAAUCGCCUUUGAUAUGCGACAUAUUGCCUUUGGCCGACGAGAAUGGCCUUAUAAAAACUGUGAGAGAGGCCUUGGAAAAGAAGAAGGAGAGGAGUGAGGCUGUCGAUGAUGUCUCAGACAAGAAUGUACCAAAAUACGAGAAUGAUUAGUUGUAAUAAAUGUUUGAUUUUUGUUGGUUUUAAAA